UCAAAUACAAAAAUAUAAAUUAACAAAUAUGGAUCCUGGUUAUACUCUUCUCCAACACAUCAAGACUGUGCCUAAUUUGAUCAAUGAGGAUCCUUCUAUUACUACACCCAAGAAUUCUAGCUUUAUGGAUAUGCCCUGGUCAGAAUUCUCUAAAUUGUUGAAUAACAAGCGUCGUUCUUCUGCGUCUGCAAGUAGUACUUCUUCUCAAUCAUCGUCUGAUGAGACUCCUGAAAACUUUUCUCUUGGUAACUGGGACUCCAUGACAGGUUAUCAAGACUCUGAACAUAGAACUACCUUAUAAUUCUAUACCAAAAUACCAAUUUCAUUUUUGCAUUCUUCUCUCUCUCCAACAACAACAUUACUAGUUAUUAUAAUAAAUCUUUUUUAUAUAUAAACAUCAAAA